AUGGACCUCCCUGAGCCCGCAGGUCCUGCUGCCCUCCCCAAGCAUAUCCUGGACGUCUGGGUCAUCGUCUUGAUCAUCCUGGCCACCAUCCUCAUCAUGACAGCCCUGGUGCUCUGCCCAGCCACCGCCGUCAUCAUCUACCGGGUACGGACUCACCCCACACGCAACGGCAUUGUGUGA